UAUACGCGCACACACAUUUGUAAUCAUGAUUUCCAAUUCGUAAAUAUUUGAAGAGCACCAUGGGAGAGAAAGAAAACCUGGCGCCAAGUGCAGUGGGCUCUGUUGCAGUGCAGAAACCGCCGCACUUCGUGCUCGUUCAUGGCAUAAGUGGAGGAGGAUGGUGCUGGUACAAAAUCAGGUGCUUAAUGGAGAAUUCUGGCUUCAAAGUCACCUGUAUUGAUCUCAAAGGCGCUGGAAUUGAUUUAUCCGAUCCGAAUUCCGUCGUCAAAUUCGACGAUUACAAUAAGCCUCUGCUCGAUUUCGUCUCCAGUCUACCGGAAAACGAACAGAUCAUUCUGGUUGGACAUAGCGCCGGAGGCUUAAGUGUUACUCAAGCAACGCUCAAAUUCGCAAAGAAAAUCCGUUUGGCGGUGUAUGUGGCGGCGACGAUGCUGAGAUUUGGUUUCCAGACUGAUCAAGAUAUCAAAAACGGAGUGCCAGAUUUAUCCGAGUUUGGGGAUGUUUACGACGUAGGAUUUGGACUAGGACCCCAACAACCUCCCACCACUGCUGUCAUCAAAAGGGAACUCCAGCGAAAGAUCAUCUAUCACAUGAGUCCCCACGAGGAUUCGACACUGGCCUCCAUGCUAUUGAGGCCAGGGCCAAUCCUCGCUUUAAGGACCGCUCGGUUUAGGGAGGAGAACGGCGAGCUGGAUACGGUGAAACGUGUGUAUAUAAGAACAACGUACGAUCGAGUAAUAAAACCAGAGCAACAAGAGGCGAUGAUAAGGGAAUGGCUACCCGAAAUCGUAUAUGAAAUGGAUACUGAUCACAGCCCCUUUUUCUCCAACCCCUCUCUGCUCUUUGGCUUGCUCGUAAAAGCUGCUGCUGCCGCCGCCUCCUCAACGGCGGCAUGUAACUAAACAAGGGGAGGGAGAGGGCAUUUUUCAUUUUCACUCACUUUCUCUCUCUUAUGCUAAAAUAAGAACAUCUCAAAAUUCUUGUGAUUCAACAAUAAAACUACAAAUAUAUAGUGCUUCGUAAUUGUUUCAAAUUGUGCAUUUGACAGCAGUACAUCGUGUUCUCUUGCAAGCAGGGAACCAUAAAGAAUGAUGACGACUUAUCCUCCGAGUAUGGAACGAAUUUCUCACUGAAAUUGGGUAAGAAAGCACAAAAGAUUUCCUCCCUCUAAUGCACUUUUUUUGUUUUUUUCUUUUUGUUUUCCUUGUUUUGUUAUGGGAAUUUGUAUUGUGCUUUCGGUGUUCUAUUAUGUAUCAGUAAAUGGGGAUGAAAAAGUAUCAAGCCUCGUCCAUUGCAGCUA